AUGGAACUUACCGAACUUGACCCAAUACCUACCAAUGAGGUAAAUCUAGAUGAUUCCUUUCAUAGCAAUGAUGAAGAUAAAAGUUGGUUACCAAACUGGUUCAAUAUCAAUCAUAUCCGGAAGGGAUUGCUUUGGGUACAACGGAAUUCCAUAUGGCCUUUACUAUUUGGCUAUGCUCCGUUGCACCUAAUGAACACUCUAGUUGUUCCAUUAAUUGAGCCGACUUACGCUCCCAAUGACGUGCUUACUAUGGUAAGGGAAUUGUUGCCAUCCUAUUCACAUGAAGUACUUACUUAUACUAUUGGCGCACACGUUAUUUCUGGAGUUACUCUAUCUGCUAUAAACCUGAUUAGAAGUCGUCACAAGAAAGGACGGAAGUUUAUUAAACGAAUUGAGAAGGAGGAUAUUUCUCAUCGCAAGUUUGGAUUAAUUGGUGGACUAUCGGGUUAUUUUGUGGGAUUAUAUAAAAAAUCUCCUAUAAGUCCUCAAACGGCCUCUGGUUAUUUGCUACUACCAUUUCUACUAUACCAUGUUCGCCUAAUGAAACAUGUUCCAGAAGCUGUUGGUGUUGAUAUUGACUUUGACUUUGUAAAAUGGUUUUUAUUUAAUAACACUGAGAGUGCUUGGACAAGAUGGUUUCUAGGCAUUUUACCGUUGACCGGUUUAAUUGCAUCAGGAACUUAUCAUAUGAUUGGUGGGCUGGUUCAGUUCUGUAGGUUGCGUUCUUUGAAUACAAGAAGAAUAAUAUUUAACUUGAUCAUCGGAUUGAAUGUAGCUGGAAUAAUCAGUUUAUGGAGAUUGAGUUCUGUAAAACCUAUGAGUUCGCACUAUAAUAAAAUAAUACAGUCUCUAUUCACAAGAUGA